ACGAUUAUUGUAAUGGUGUGACGAAGUAUCUUGGCUAACCGCCCUUCAAGCAGUAUAUAAUAGUUGAGCGUCGUCUGACAGUCAUACACAGUACCUGGUGCUCAGUGAAACGUGUUGGACUAUUACUACUAUAUACCUUACAGACAUCAUGAGAGUGUUGGUGCUAGUGGCCCUGUCCUGCGCCGUGGGAGCGGCGUGGGCCAAGCCUGCCUCUACUUACACGGACAAGUUCGACAACGUAAACCUCGACGAGAUUCUGGAGUCGAACCGCCUGCUGAAGGGCUACGUGGACUGCCUUCUGGACAAGGGCCGCUGCACGCCCGACGCCAAGACCCUCAAGGAGACCCUCCCCGACGCCCUCGAGAACGACUGCUCCAAGUGCACGGAGAAGCAGAAGUCAGGCUCCGACAAGGUGAUCCGGCACCUCAUCAACAAGCGGCCCGAGUUGUGGAAGGAGCUGGCCGUGCGGUACGACCCCAACAACAUCUACCAGGACAAGUUCAAGGACAAGAUCGAGGCCGUCAAGACCGUCAAGGCGUAAGGACGCCAAUGACGCCAUGUUGCUUCCUGUGCGGUGAUUUGUGUUCGACUUCGACUGUACCAUAAUACUGCACAGUUCCUUAUGUAAUUUAAUGAAUAUCUAUGGUAUGAUUACCGAAUUGGAUGGCUGUAAUAAAAGUUAAAGUGGGAUGUAAGAAAGGCUGAAUUAAAUUAUGAAACUAUUAACUAUAUUUACUAAAUAAAAUUUUAUUACUAUAAA